AUGGGGUUGAACCGGAUAUUGAACGGCGUGAUACGAUUCAGACAAACGGUGCGCGCCGAUCUUGUAAAACAGUUCGAACGGGUACGAGAUGACCCUCAUCCGACGGCGCUCUUCAUCACGUGCAUGGAUUCGAGGAUUUUACCAGCCAGAUUUACACAAUCGACCGUGGGCGACAUGUUCGUCGUUCGGAAUUCCGGCAAUAUGGUUCCACAUGCACAAAAUUACGGCGCCGCUGGCUACGAAGUGUCCGUAACGACCGAGCCGGCGGCCCUCGAGCUGGCCGUCAAGCGUGGGAAAAUCAGGCACGUCAUCGUGUGCGGCCAUUCGGAUUGUAAGGCCAUCAACACGCUCUACGGGCUGCACAAAUGCCCCAAGACGUUCGACGCGGAAAGCCCGAUGGACCACUGGCUACGUAGACACGGAUAUACGUCGUUGAAGAAACUCGAGGCACGACUCGCCGAUGAUAAGGCCGGCCCGGUGGAAUACAUCUCGUCGAAUCCGUUAUUCAGCUUCUCCGCUCUGAUCGACCCCGAAAAUGCGUGGUCCGUUGAGGACAAGCUGUCCCAGAUCAACACGCUCCAGCAGCUGGAAAACAUCACGAGUCACGGCUUUCUAAAGGAAUUCCUUGAGAAUCGUCAAGUAGAGCUGCACGCUAUGUGGUUCGACAUCUAUUCGGGCGAUAUGUACAUGUUCAGCAAGGAUAAUAGACGAUUCAUGGUCAUUGACGAGCAGACGGUAGAAGCCCUUACCGACGAAGUGAACGCGACCCAACCCAAACAAGCG